UUGACGUGUCUGAAUUGACAUCCACCAAUUGGAGUCCGGUUUUGUAUUUUAAAGAUAAAUAAUUGUUGAAAUACAAAUAUAAUUAUUUCAAUUUCAAUUAAAUUGUGAAAACAAAUAGUUAAAUAAGAUUAUUUUUGUUAUUCUACACUAUUAAACAUUAGAAUAAAGAUAAAAAUGUCGUACAGCAGUGGCCCAGGAGCACCAAAUGAUUUCUAUGCCAGCGGCGGUGAUCAGUCUUAUAACUUUGAAGUUCCAGAAUUUGGCCAAGAAUUAAAUUUCCAAAACUUUGACAAUACUGAAGCUUCCGUACCACCGAAUUACGAUGCUAAUUAUAGCGGUGGUAAUCAAGGUCUAGGCGGUUUCUACGAUCCCAAUGCGUAUGUAAAUCAAACUUACGACCAAGAUUCUGGUUUCAAGCCCGGCGGUACAGGAAAUGAGUUUGAUGAUGAACCACCAUUGUUGGAAGAAUUAGGAAUAAAUCCGCAACAUAUUUUUCUUAAGACACUGGCUGUUCUAAAUCCAUUGCGUGCCACCGAUCAAACUAUUCUCCAGGACACAGACAUGGCCGGCCCACUGGUGUUCUGUUUGGCUUUGGGCGGUUUCCUGCUUUUGAGCGGCAAAGUAACAUUCUCAUACAUUUAUGGCAUCGGUGUGAUGGGCUGCAUCGCCUUUUAUUGUCUGCUGUCGCUGAUGGCAACACAGGCGCAAGUAACCUUCGGCGCUGUGGUCUCUGUGCUCGGCUAUUGUUUGCUACCCAUGGUGGUGUUGUCCGGCAUUAAUGUUUUAAUCACCAUACAGGGCACCCUGGGUCUAAUUGUCGCCGGUGUGGCGAUACUCUGGUGUGCCAUGUCCGCUUCGAAACUAUUCGUGACGGCCUACUCGAUGGACCACCAACAAGUGCUGAUUGCCUAUCCGUGUGCGCUCUUGUAUGGCGUCUUUGCUCUGAUUACGAUAUUUUAAAAUACACAAAUUUAUCGAACCUAAUCUAAUAAUAAUAGUGGCCUAACCAAGAAUAAUAUAAGAAAUAAUAUGAUAAUAAUAAUAUUAAAGACGUUUGCGGAAAUUGUGGAGUUAAGAAGUAGGAAAUGCCGAAAGAAACAACGUUUUGAGAAUUUAUGCGCGAUAAAAUUAACAAAUAUUACAGAAUUCAUAUUUUUUAAUAAAAGGAAAAUGAAAACAAGUUUA